GCGGGCGCCCGGGCGGCCACGUGGUGGAGCUGCGGCUUCUGCCCCGGCCCCGCCCGCUCGGCCCGGGAGCCGCAGCGCCCACUGACUCCGCAGCUGGGGGAAGAAGGAGGAGGAGGAGGAGGGACCGCGGCGCAGGAAGCGGAGCAGGAAGCAAGCUUGGCGGCCGCGCUUUCCUGGGGAAACUGCGGGCGGGGUGGCUCAGCCAGCCGGGCACGUAGCCGCCGUCGCCUGUAUGGGGUGUUGAAGAGUUUCCCUUAGAGCUGCUGGAAGACUGAAUGGACUAAACAUGAAGAGCCUGAAAGCGAAAUUCAGGAAGAGCGAUACCAAUGAAUGGAAUAAGAAUGAUGACCGGCUACUACAGGCAGUGGAGAAUGGAGAUGUGGAGAAGGUGGCCUCGCUGCUUGGCAAGAAGGGGGCGAGUGCCACUAAGCAUGACAAUGAGGGCAAGAGCGCUUUUCAUCUUGCUGCAACAAAAGGACAUGUGGAGUGCCUUAGGGUCAUGGUUACACAUGGCGUGGAUGUGACAGCCCAAGACACUGCCGGACACAGUGCUUUGCAUCUUGCUGCCAAGAACAGCCAUCAUGAAUGUGUCAAGAGGCUCCUUCAGGCAAAAUGUCCAGCCGAAAGUAUUGAUAACUCUGGAAAAACAGCUUUACAUUACGCAGCUGCACAGGGCUGCCUUCAAGUUGUGCAAGUUCUUUGUGAGCACAAAAGCCCCUUAAAUCUCAACGAUUUGGAUGGGCAUAUACCAUUGCUUCUUGCAGUACAGAAUGGCCACAGUGAGGUCUGUCGCUUUCUUCUGGAUCAUGGAACAGAUGUAAAUUCCAGGGAUAAGAAUGGAAGAACUGCUCUUAUGCUGGCUUGUGAGAUCGGCAACUCUAACAUUGUAGAAGCCUUAAUUAAAAAGGGUGCAGACCUAAACCUUGUAGAUUCUCUUGGACACAAUGCCUUACAUUAUUCCAAACUCUCAGAGAAUGCAGGAAUUCAAAGCCUUCUAUUAUCUAAAAUCUCUCAGGAUACUGAUUUAAAGACACCAACAAAACCAAAGCAGCAUGACCAAGUAUCUAAAAUAAGCUCAGAAAGAAGUGGAACUCCAAAAAAACGCAAAGCUCCACCACCUCCUAUCAGUCCUACCCAGUUGAGUGAUGUGUCUUCCUCAAGAUCAAUAACUUCAACCCCACUUUCAGGAAAGGGAUCAGUUUUUUUUACUGACCAACCCUUCAAGCAGGCUGAAAUCAGUUCUGUACAGGAAAACAAAGACAGACUAAGUGACAGUACUACAGGUGCUGAUAGCUUACUGGAUAUAAGCUCUGAAGCUGAUCAACAGGAUAUCCUUGUCAUUUUGCAAGCAAAAGUAGCUUCUCUUACAUUACACAACAAAGAAUUACAAGAUAAACUACAGGCUAAGACAACAAAGGAGGCAGAAACAGACCUGAGCUUGGACUCCUACCAUUCCACUCAAACUGACUUGACCCCAUCCCUGGGAAAAACUAGUGAAACCUCUCCCCCAGACUCCAAAUCAUCUCCAUCUGUCUUAACAUAUGACUUGAGUCAGUCCACCACUGAUGGCAAAGUCAGGAUUCAGCAACUACAAGAGGCUCUACAAGACUUGCAGAAGAGAUUGGAGAAUUCUGAGGCAGAGAGGAAACAGCUCCAAUCUGCGCUCCAGUCCCAAAGGACAGAACUGGUAUGCUUAAACAAUGCAGAGAUUUCAGAGAAUGGCUCUGAUCUCAGCCAGAAACUUAAAGAAACCCAGAGCAAGUAUGAGGAAGCUAUGAAGGAAGUCCUUAGUGUACAGAAGCAAAUGAAAUUGGGCCUUGUCACCCCAGAGAGCGUGGAUAGCUAUUCCCAGCUCCGAGAGCUAAGGCUCACCAAGGAGGAAAUAGAUGUGCUAAAACAGGAUCUCCAGAAGGCAUUAGAAGAAAGUGAAAGGAACAAAGAGAAAGUGAGAGAGUUAGAGGAGAGACUUGUAGAAAGGGAGAAAUGUGUGACCACAAGAGCACCUAUGGAAGAAUUUGAGGAGAUGAAACGUUCUUAUUGCUCCAUUAUUGAGAACAUGAAUAAGGAGAAAACAUUUUUGUUUGAGAAGUACCAAGAGGCCCAGGAAGAAAUCACAAAAUUAAAAGAGUCACUAAAAAGUCAGGUGGCACAGGAGGCCAGUGAUGAGGCUGGGGACAUGAAGGAAGCCAUGAACAGGAUGAUAGAUGAACUUAACAAGCAGGUGAGUGAGCUCUCUCAGCUGUACAAAGAGGCCCAGGCUGAACUGGAGGACUAUCGGAAGAGGAAAUCUCUGGAAGACGUGACAGUGGAAUAUAUCCAUAAAGCCGAGCAUGAGAAACUAAUGCAAGUGACCAACAUCUCCAGGGCUAAGGCAGAGGAAGCCUUGUCAGAAAUGAAGUCUCAGUAUUCCAAAGUGCUCAGUGAGCUGACCCAGCUCAAACAGCUGGUAGAUGCCCAGAAGGAGAACUCGGUCUCCAUCACUGAACAUUUGCAAGUGAUCACCACGCUGCGGACUACUGCCAAAGAGAUGGAGGAAAAAAUAAGUGGCCUUAAAGAGCACCUUGCCAACAAGGAAGUGGAAGUGGCCAAACUGGAGAAACAGCUGCUGGAAGAGAAGGCAUCAGUGAGCAAUUCUAUGGUACCAAAGGCAGCCUAUGAAAAGCUCCAGUCAGCUUUAGAAAGUGAAGUGAGUGCAUUGGCCUCAAAAUUAAAGGAUUCAGUGAAGGAGAAAGAGAAGGCCCAUUCAGAGGUUACCCAUAUUAGAAGUGAGGUUUCUCAAAUAAAAAGGGAAAAGGAAAACACUCAGACUCUCCUGAAAUCCAAAGAACAUGAAGUCAGUGAGCUUCUGCAGAAAUUUCAGCAUGCUCAGGAAGAGCUUGCAGAAAUGAAGAGAUACACGGAGAGCUCUUCUAAAAUGGAGGAGGAUAAAGAUAAGAAGAUCAAUGAGAUGUCAAAGGAAGUCACAAAAUUGAAGGAAGCCCUCAACAGCCUGUCACAGCUCUCCUACUCGGCCAGCUCAUCCAAGAGACAGAGUCAGCAGCUGGAAGCAGUGCAGCAGCAGGUCAAGCAGCUACAGAACCAGCUGACUGAAUGUAAGAAACAACACCAGGAGGUCAUAUCAGUUUACAGGAUGCAUCUUCUAUAUGCUGUACAGGGCCAAAUGGAUGAAGAUGUCCAGAAAGUACUGAAGCAAAUCCUCACUAUGUGUAAACACCAGUCCCAGAAAAAGUAAACUGAAUUCUUGGCAGGACGCUGCCUCCUUGUUGUCCAUCUUUGUGCUAAAACUGGACUUGUUGGCGACCUACUGACAUUGUUCUCAUUCGUGGUGUGCACCAUGACCUAGCAUAGCUUCUUCCCUUUCCAAAGACUUCUUUUGGUAGACUGGCCCAGAAGAUUGUUCUCCUCAGAACUGCUGAGAAAGUUAAAAGCAGCAGAGGUGAAAAGGCCUUAUCACCCCCAUGAGAUUCUACAGCAGAGGUCAACCACACCCAGAGUCUGAUCCUGAUGCCGGCAGGUGGGCACACCCAUCAGUUCCUGACCCUCUGAAAGGCUUCAUCAUCACUAAGGCACAUGUGGACACCUCCAUGCAGUGAAUUCCUUGCAGCUGCUUCUGUUCCUACAUUAGGGCUGUGCUAUUCAGCAGGAAUAUUUGCCUUUGUUAAGAAGACUUAAUUUUUGGUCAAAUUAGAAAGGCCUAAAGUGAUUCGGUGCAUGCUUAAGACCCCUUUUUCUGAUAUCCUGUGGACUUAGAAGUUCUGGUUCCAUCUUUUCUCACCUUCAGCCUAAUAGAUCUCUACCUAGCUUGUGAGUCUUACAGUUUGACGAGCACUAUUAACUGAAACAAGAACUUCACAAAAGCAAAUUACCUUUUAGAAUUCUUCUCAACCAAACCCUUGACAUAAUUGCAAAUUUUCUAUGCAGACUUCCCCCCCUGCUGUUCUCCAUGAAGCUCAGGAAAUCCAAACAUUUGUGUUUCAACAAGGGACAGUAAACUGUGUUUACAGCAAAAAGGAAUGCCUCAUUUCCUAACCUCAAUUUUUAAAGUAUUUUUUCUCUACAAUAUUUUUAUUGGCACUUAAAGAUGUUUUCAUAUCUAAGAACCCUAAAUAAGUGAAAUUUACAAUAGACAAUAUUAACAAAAUAUUUUUAGGUAACCAUACUUAGGACUUUUUUAAAAAUAUAACCUUUUCUUCAAAGUUUCCAGCUAUAGCAAACUUAAUAUGAGCCACCACCCAUAACCCUAGACUCUACCACUAUGUUCCCAGAACUAGAGAACAUUUCUGAAUAUACUAAAUUUUCUUUUCUGCCCACUGAAUAUCUUUUAAUUUUCCAGUUCUACUGACUCCUAUAAAAUCUCUUAGUACUAAUCUCUUAAAACUAUUAGUACUAGUGAAUUUUUUAGCUUUGGAACUGAAAAUACUGCUAUGGAGAGCAUUAUAGUGCAAAGCAAAGGCCUCACAGGAAAGAAUGUUUCAGACUUGCUUACAGCUUCCCUUGAUACACUAAGCUUACUGAGAUGUGUAAAGUAAAAACAGAAAUUUCCAAAUGUGAAGGCAGUAGCUAACUGAAUGAUCUGUAACUCUGUAUUGGGUAAAAACCAAUCACAAAAGAGCAGAAGUAGCUUUUAAGCUUGGAGUUAUUGUUCUUACAUUGUUUAUAGCUCAACAAUUUUCAAAAUGCUCCAAAGACGUGAGAGGACUUUUUUCCCUUUUUGUUACGGCCCUUAAGAACACAUAAAUGAACCCCUCCUGCCCACCCACCCACACAGAAAUGCUGCAGUCUAAAACUUGAGACAUUUUGUAGGAUGCCUGAUAACAUAUAGCCUUUUUUCUUGUUUCAGGAUGCAUAUUUAUUACAAGUACUCUGGUUAAAUAUUAAAGAAGUUAUAUGAUGUAGUUAGUAUUCUGCCUUUGUAAUUUAUAGAAGGCAUUGCAGUAAAUAAACUUUUGUUUUGCAUCUCUGA